AUGCAAUUCAUAGGUAAUUCUUAAAUAAAUUUGCUUAGAUAAAUCCUAAGAUUAUGAUUACAAUCAUAGAGUAAAUUAAAGGAAAUUAAUCAGUCUUUUAGGAGAAACUAGUAAAGAGGCAAGGGAUUAUUUAUAUUUUAUGAAAUAAAGAGAGAAGGAAGAGCAAUAGUUGAUGCCUAAAAUGGAAGCUUUUGAAAUAUUUUUAAAAACAAUAAUGGAAGUAUCAAAUCCGACCUCUACCUUUAGAAUAAUAUGGGAAUCAAUAAGCAUGUUAUUUAUUUUUGUAUAGAUGAUAUACAUUCCAAUGGCAUUAUCAUUUUCAAUAGAGAGUUAGGUUGGUAUGGAAAUUGUGAAUAAUAUAAUGGAUAUCUUUUUUGUUAUAGAUAUAACUCUUAAUUUUCGAUUAGCAUAUUAUGAAAAGUAACUAAAAUCUUAUAUAAUAAGUGGAAAAUUGGAAUGUCGCCUUAAGCAUAUAGCAUUAAACUACUUAAAAUUAUGGUUUUGGAUAGACGUCAUAGCAGUUCUUCCUUUUGAUCUCUUAAUAGGAAAUGAUAGUAAUUAAUCUACGCAAAUAUUAAAGUUUGUUAGAUUGUUUAAAUUUAUUAAAAUAAUACGGCUUUUAAGAGUACUGAAAUUGGGAAGAAUUUUGAUAAAAAUAGAAGGUAUUUAAAUAAUACUAAUAAUAGAGACCUUCUCUAUUGAAUAAACACUUUAAGCAAUUAUAUAAUUCUUUAAAAUAGCUGCAAUGAUUCUAUGUAUUGCACACUGGAUAGCUUGUAUUUGGAAUAUUAUAGAAUUUGUGGAUGAACAAGUAGAGCUAACUUGGAUGACCCAAUAUGGAAUCUAUGGGUCACCUUGGGAAGUUAAAUAUAUAACAGCAUUCUAUUUCAGCAUAACUACUAUGAUAACCUUAGGGUAUGGAGACAUCAGUCCUAAUACAAAUUUAGAGAUGAUUUUUGGUAUUAUUGUUAUGGUUCUUUCCUCAGGGAUUUUUGGCUAUAGCAUGUCCAGUUUAAAAUAUAUUAUUCAAGGAGAAGAUUAGAAUAUUGCUGAAAUAAAGGAAUAGAAUUAAAAAAUCAUGAAGUAAAUUCAUCAAUAAUUUAGUCAGGUAUAUUAAAUAGAAAAGCAUACCAAAAAAUUUAUAAAUGAGAGUUAAGAACUAUUUAGAAUGGUUAGAAGGAUCUGCGUAAGUGGCUAAAAACUCUUAGAUGAUUAUAUUAAGCAAUUUAUCAUCAAAUCUACAUACUGAAGUUUUAACUUUAUUGCAUGGUAGAAUUUUAUUAUAAGUAAAUUUAAUCAGUAAAGAAUUCUCCAAUUAAUUGACUAACAAACUAAUAUAUGUCUUGAAAGAGCAUCUCUUGGGUCCUGAGGAGUAUGUCUUUAAAGAGAAUUAAGUGGACAGUAAUUUAUUAUAUUUCAUUUAAAAUGGUCAAGUCGAGAUUUGUCUUACAAAAAGAGAGUUUCAAUUAAAGUUAUUGGGUAAAGGAGAUUAUUUUGGGGAAAUUAGUUUUUUCAGCAAAAGUCCCAGAACAGCAAGUGCUAGAACUCUUGAUUUUGUUAAUUUAAUGAGUCUAAAUAGAAAGGAUUUGUUGGAAUAAGCACAUGAUUUAAAUUCUGAUUUAGAAAAGCUCUUCUAUAUUAAAAAUUGUGUAGAUGUUGAAAAUUCAUUAAAGCCAUUGAGAUUGAGAUGCUAUAUUUGUGAUAGACCCCAUCACAUAGCACGAAAUUGUUCAAUAGUGCAUUACAGAGUUAGAAGAUUGCAGGUAAUAGAAGAUUACUUGAAAUAAAAAAAUUAUAGAGUUAAGGAAUUUAGGAGAAGAUCCAAAAAAUGCCUAGUAUCUUCAUCUUAAAUUAUUUAUUCGAAAGCUGAUGCUUUAUUUAGAUAUAGAUUCUUAUAAUUAAAACAAAUAGUAAAGACCACAAAACAUAUCCAAAUUCAAAUUCAAGAUGAAUCAGUUUUUGAUUCUUCAAAACUUUCCACAUAAAUUGAUGAUAAUAAUUUUUGCCUUGAUAAACAUAGGGAUUAUUAAGAAUUCUACACUGAGUUUAAUCCAUCAAAAAUAAUUUCAGAUAUUAACAAAUAAUCAGAAUAGAAGUUAUCAGAAAUGAGAGAAGAAAAAGAAGAAAUAGCCAAUAAGUUCAGAUAAAAUUGGUUGAAUGGUAGAAAAAAUAAACAAUUAUAGAUUGCUCCUCCAAGAUAAUCAAAAUUAUCAUAUGAUCUUUAGAAGAUUUUCUCAACUGAUAUAUAACAUAUUAUUUUUUCUGAGGAUUCCUCCAGUUCAUAAUCAUCAUCUAAUUUAUUAAUGCAAAAAAGUGGAAGAGCAAAACGACUUUUAGAUAUACAAACACAAAAAUAAUUAUUGUAUGUAUUUUGACAUCUAUUUAAACUUAGAAUUAAGAGGUCAACAUCACGCUCCUAAUUAGAAAAAACACUACUUAGAAAAUAAACCUCAAUAGAAUUUAAAUCCA